AAUUGGUAUCAAUAAUUAUGUAUUUAUAUAAUUGAUUAUACCGAUGAUUAAUAACUAAUGAACAAUAAUUAACACUAAUAAUUCGCCUUGUCAGUCGUUUAUUAUCAAUCAUACUUUAUCAAAUCUCAUGACUUUCAAAAGCUAUUCAAAUAAAUUGAUUCCAUAGAAUAAAAUUCGAAACAGCUACAAAGUAAAAUAAAUAUUUGUCUCAGAUAUAAAAUUUCUAGCUUCAAUUUCGACAAUGUUGGUCACACUGACUUCUGCUCGCUGACGCUGACUCAAAAUUAUUUUGAGGUUAGGUGUUUCCUGUCCAGAGUCUAGACCAUAUUUUAGGUUCAUUCAUGAAACUUCAGUUAUCAAGAUUAUUACUGUAGUUUAGAAGGAAGCAUACCAUGUAAAAAAUAUUGAUAAGGAUUUUCAAGUAUUAGUUUGAAUUGCUUUGUGAAGCACUUUUACUCUCAUUCAGUACCUAAUUAUUGUGUUAAAGAUAUUUUGAUUUUGUUACUAAUACUGUCUGCUGCUAAACUUUAGUCAUGAAUGGACCACUACCUAACAAAAUGUAUCAAAUUAAACCGGUGUUUUGUCUACCAGACAAUUUAGAAACAUCAUCUAAUAUGUACAAGAUGAAGAGUAUUCAUAAUACAAGUUUUCAAGCUUCUAACCCUAUUAAGGAUGAGAAUACGGUUGCUCUUGAGAAGACACCGAAUAACGAAUAUGAUGACAUCCAUAAACGACAAAAAAUAAUUCUACAACAAUUAACUGAUUUACAAAAUCAGAUGAGUGUAUUUAGAGAGCGGUUAAGCAGUGAAAAAGUUGUACCUGUGAAAAAUAGCAGAAGUGUUCCAGACAUCAAACCAAAUACGGCUACCAUGAAACCACGAUUUGAGGAGGGAGGAGUUAUCUACGAUGUGGUUAUCAAUGCUAAUCCGAAGCAUCCACCCUACUCACUUUUGGCCAUUAACAAGUUAUGGGGCGAUAAGUUGAAAGUUCGAGUAAACAGCCACGUUCAUUCAACAAUUGCAACCUUUCCAAAAGUGAAUGAACUGUUCCAAGUACUACAUGAUAACAACAACAAUGGCUGUAGUCAAUCUUCGCUCAAUAUAACUCUAGUAUGGAAAGAAACAUCCGGCCCCGAUCUGGAGCUAAUCACGUCGCCGCUGCACCAUACGGCGAUCCGCGGCGAAGUGAACCUACUGCGCUACCUGCACCGCCACCUGCAGUCGCACGACGACACGGUGGCCGCCACGCGACUCGACUCGCUGCUCGACCGCUGUCACGGGCUGCGACACGCCUCCACUGCCAAAGAGAAGAAGGCGGGCGUCAAGGCGGCCAACGCCGCACUCGGAAAGGGGCAAUGGUUGGGAGGCGGCGAGAUGGGCGUGGCUGAUGUAGCUCUCUGGUCUGUGGUCAAAUGUGACGGAGACCUGGAGCUCACCCAGUCACUACAAAAGUGGGUGGAUCGGUGCAACAAUGCUAUUGGUAUUGGUGCUUGAGCUAUAUGAAUAUCGUAUAACAUCUGGAAUGUUGUCAUAGUGUUGCGAAUUUAAAUAAUUUAUUUAUUUUUAUUGAUUGAUUUGAUAUGCUAAUUUUAACAAUAAACGAAUUGCCCCUCUGAAA